AUGAAUAGAACGUUGUUGCAAUGUAACGAUCAAAAGAUUAGUGACGACGGCGACGGUCAUCUGAUCCAACUUUCUCCUCGCGACGACGAUCAUCAUCGUACCUUCUUCUCUCUACCUUGUCACGGCUUCUGCUUCGGUCACGACGAUCACGACUUCUACUUCUUUCCUUCUUAUCACGACGACUUCCUCUCUCUUCACUGCGGUCUCUACGGCCACGAUCUUUACGUUCACGGCGUUCGUCAUCAGAAUCUCGACGUUGACGACGUUUGUCGGUGGAGUCAUCUCGGUCAUCACGACGAUCACGGCUUUUUCGCUCACGACGGUCAUAAUCUGAAUCAUGACGAUGACGACGUUUGUCUCCACGAUCUUCAGGUUCCUUGCUACGAUCUCGAUGGCCACGAUCACGACGAUCUUCUCCAGAGUUCCGACGAUCUCUACGUGAAUCCUUCUUCUCAACGCUUCGAUCCCGGCGUCUUUCCUCAGAUUUACUUUUUACUUCUCUCUCGUCCUUACGUCUCUCAGCUUUAUCAUCUCCUCGUUUCGCAUGAUGAUCGGAGCUUUUCUCCUUCUGAUUCUUCUUUGAUCCUUCAUCACUCUUUUUCUUCUUCUUUUUGGGUGGCUCAACGGAGGAGUCAGAUUCAGAUGAUGAAUCAGAUGAAUCAGAAGAGCUGUCUUCAGAAUCAGAGGAGUCCGACGAGUCAGAUGAAUCUGAAGAAUCUGAAGAUGAGUCCGAGCUACUCUGUGCUGCCUUCAGCUCGUCCAGCAUUCCUUUCUUUUUCUUAA